AUGCAUGCCUCAAAGAAGCUUGACAAAGUCGACCGGAACGGUUCAAUUACACUUCGUUUCACCGACGGAACUACACAUGAAUGCGACAUCCUCGUCGGUGCCGAUGGCAUCCAUAGCGCCUUUGCUGUUGCAUCUAAUGACUCGGAGAGCAAGUCCGAGCCGUUGGACCGCUGGGAACGCAUUGUGGGCGUCGACGAGAUCAAGCAGUUGUUCCAAGAGUACCCAUCUCCCCUCAAUAAGGCCGUGGAUGAGUUGCUUUGCAACCAACCUGAACACCAAGCCUUAUACCUCUGGGAGCACCCCAAAGCACAUACUUAUGUUUCGGGCCCAAUGUGCGUUACUGGCGAUGCAGCCCAUUCAACAACGCCGUGGCAAGGAUCCGGCGGUGGCAUGUCUAUCGAAGAUAGCCUCAUCCUCUCCGCCUUGCUCGGGCGUGCGAAGACGCCCACCGAGGCUCUUACGGCCUUGAAGGUAUACGAUCAAGUCCGCCGGCCCCGUACGCAGCGGAUCGUCGAGUCUAGCCGGAUCACAGGUAACAUGCUAAUAGGGAGGAGCGAGGAAACUAAAUUGGUCCCGAAGAUGUUCAAGUCAUUUCUGUCAAGGUGGGACUUCAUCAUCGACAUCGACAUGGAGAAACACCGCGACGAGGCUCUACGGAUGAUGGAAGCUGGACUGAAGGAAGAGAGUACUAUGUAA